AUGACUGACACUUGGAAAUUUGGAAGUCACGGCUCAGAAGUUUCAAAUCUCAUGAAACUGACCCCUGAUGUUCAGCAGAACAUAAGAUACACUGGUGACAGACAGUCUGCUGUGCUGUCCUGGGAUCCAUCAGUGUUUGCCACAUGGUACACAGUCACCUCCGUAGUGGACGGAGUCCAUGGGACGCUUUGCAACACCACCGAGAUCUCCUGUGUUGUCUCCGACUUCAGUCCUAAUGCCACUGAAGUGACAGCUAGCAAUGAUGUAGGGGAGAGCAACCCCAACGGAAAUAUAACAGGUCCAAUGGGAGCUCGCAGAAGAAGAGAUCUACGGACCACUCAGGUCUUUGCUCAUUUAGAAGAAAAUCUUGAAAUGCCAGAAGAGCUGAUGGUAACAGCAAAAGGAGUUUCCUUGUAUGUGAAAUGGAAGGCAGUGAAAGGCGCAACUGAGUACACACUCGUCAUUAAUGAGAAGCUGAGAGAGGAGCAGAGCAGCCUGACACCUGUAGUGAGAAGUGUGGAAGGUACCUCUCACAGAGAGACUGGCCUCAAACCCUGGACUAGAUACUGUGUUAAGGUGGCAGCCAAAAAUGUCCUCAACCAAAGCAACUACUCUCACAAGUGCACAAACACUACGGCCUCUUAAUGAAAUCAACACAGCAUCACUUACACUGACACUGGACUAAAGAGAAAUACCAUCAUAUGGGUUCUUUCUUUGUCUUCUCCACUCAUUAGCUGCCAUAACAGAAUUGUUGCUGGUUUGAUCUCUAAGAACUUUAGCAGGAUAACUGCAAAAACACAGUAAUCACAACUACAAAGCAAUAAUGAAAUUCUUCUGAUUCGGGGAACCACUUACAUGUCACACACAAAUACUGAUCAAGCCUCUUGAGAACCUUUAGAUUUAAAUGCUUAUGAAUCUUUGUUAGCAAUAAUUUGUAUACAUUUUCAUAAUUGUGACUGACAUCAUAGCAGCAUGUGACAUUAUAGCUGUGUAAUAAAGUAUUGCUGAGAUUAUAUUUAUCUAAAAUGGUUAUAUUUUUGAGAUUGGUUAUUAGAUUCUCUGGAUGAUUUUUAAGCCCAAAAAUGUAGUGUAAACUAAUAAAGUGAUAAUUUAUCAAGCAAUAUUUUUAAAACCAUGCAGUAUAUUUUCUUUAUGAUGUACUAUGACUUCUCAUUUUGUGAACGCUUUGACAGAUCUUUUUAACUAUUCCAGAUAAAAGCAAUAAAAUAAUAUCUGUGAAACAUUAAAACACCCCCUGUAUAAAAUGCAGUGUGGAAAACCGUCCUUUUUAAAGUCUGUGUGUGUAUCUGAUACAUCCAUGUGGUCAUGGAUUAGUUAUUGAGUUUGCAGGGCUUCAUUUAACUCAAGGUAAAAAGUGUCAUUUUAUAUGAACUUUUUAUUGUCUGAAAUUCAUCAAUGUGCAGACUGGUGUGAGUUUCAGAAAUGUUAAAAAACAGUCAGAAUUUAAAGUCACGCAAAAGUUCUUUUAUUAAAUAUAGACAUAAACUUUAUAUCAUGCAGAAUGAUUUUCAGUCAGAUGUUUAAACAGACUGAACUAUGCAAACUAAAUGCUCAUUACUGAUUUGUCUUUUAUCAUAAGAAUCUCAUCAUACAAUCUACAGCAGCCUGUUAAAACACCAAAAAGCUGCUGUAGAACACAGCACAGAGUAUCUGCACACUUUUUGUAAAUAUGAUUUUUUGCUUUUUAAGACCUUAACAUGAAGAGUUUCAUGUUCUUUCUUCAGCAGAAUGAACGCACAAUACAGCUGGUUAUUAAAUAAAGCACAAUAUUAUUUACAACAAUUAAGACAUCGAAAAUAAAACCUUACAUACCUGAUUUGGACGGGGCAACAGACGUAUGUUGAAUCAUGUAAACACAAAUGUACACCUUUCAUGAUUACUUUCUUUCAAACAUUACAGUUUAAUUCUACUGUAAUGUAACACUGAAGGGACACAUGUAGGGAAAGAGCUUUGACAGUUUGUUUUGAAAGUGUAGCAGCUUAAAUUCUGCAUAUAUUUUUCUCUACUGUCCUACCAAAGUAAAAGAUCAACUAUGUUCAACUUUUUACUUUGUUCAUUAAAAUGUGUUGAGGCCUGGCAGUAAAACUGAGGAGUUUA